AAGACGGCGUACGAGGCAGGCCGUGUCACGCUUCGUUUUUCGCGUACGAGCCGCACGACCACGUCUUCUGCAGCCGUCGACACACUCGAAGGCCGAAAACAAGCACACAUGGGCAGCUGCAACAAGAAGCCCGAGGAAGAGGACGUCGAGACGGGCCUAACGCGCACCGAAGCCAGGCUGCUGCGCAAGACAUGGCAGUACUACUGUCUUCACAACCGCGACUACGGGUUCAUCAUCUUCCUCUCGUUCUUCAUCAAGACGCGUGGGGCCCUGCAGCUGUUCCAGCGGUUCCGAGACAAGACCCUCGGCAAGCUACCCGACGACCCGCAGUUCCGAGCGCACGCCGCCGCCGUGACCUUCCAGCUGACCUCCAUGGUGGACAACGCAGAUGACGCCGUGCUUCUGGAGGCACUGAUCCGCAAGAACGCGAAGGCGCACACCGAGCGGCCGGGUGUGAUGCCCGACCACUUCCGCAUGCUCGGAAAGACGGUGGUCGAGGUGCUACACACCAGGCACGAGACGAACAUGACACCGGCCGCCGUUCUCGCCUGGGAGAAGCUAUUCGACUACAUGGCGAGGAUCACAAAGCAGGUGUACGAGGAACAGAAGGUUGAGAUCAAGUCACUGGACGUCGACGGCUUUAUCAGGGAGCCAGACGCCGACGGUAACAAAGGUGCGACCGGGGGUCGAGCCAGCGGCUCCACGACGCCGCAGUUGCGCGGCAAGCGGUCUGCAAAGGCUGCGCAGUCGCCUGGGGAGAGCAACCGCGGCACCCCCAAGGGCGGCAAAUCGCCGGCGGCCGCCACACCGAAGGGAGGCCAGACUCCCACCACGGUGCGCGCUGACAAGUCACCGGCCAAGAGUCCCCAGUCGCCCGCGACGCCGAAAAAAGUAGCUUAGAUAUGUCGGCCUCGCGCGCGACUCGCGCGAAGUUGUCGCAUACGUGGGUUAGAAAUGUGUUAAUGCAACCGGCUGCACGUCCGAUUUCGUGCGCCUUUGGUGUCAGAGUCCGUAUGUAAACGGCAAAAUAAAGACGUCCGAGAAACAACUGAA